AUGGAGACGGGACUGCCAGCCGGGCAGGGAGGGGGAGCAGGCGAGCAGGGGGAUUCCCCAUGCAAGAAGCAACGAGGCGAAGAUCCAGGCACCCUCACGCUCGACAUGAUCAGGGAAGCCAUGAGAGCAGAGCUGGGGCGCAGCAGGGACGAACUGGGGCAAUCCAUAGCCUCGGUCCGUGAGGAGGUCGCACUCUUCAACAAGCGCGUGGACGGGCUCGAGGCAGGGGUGACCAAACAGAUGGACACGACCAACAAGAUGUUCGGGAUCAUGACGGGGAACCACGACAAGCAGCAAAAAGCCUUGGAGCAGAUCCGCCUGACCCAAACUGCUCAAGCCGUGGACAUCAAAGCCUUCCAGGGGGGGCAGGAGGAACUCGAGAACCGCCUCGCCAUCCUCGAAGGCAAGCUCAAAGGCUCCUCGGUCAAUGGGGGGAGCACGGCCGACACGGAGGGGCCACGGCGGCCUGCCCUGAUUAUUGGCGGCUGGCCGGAAGACCAGCCCACGACCGAGACCCUCCAAAAGGCCAAAGACAUUCUCCGGCAACUUGACGUCCUCCUCGACUACAGCGAGAUGUUCGUACCCGGUUUCAAGCGGGGAUAUGCCAUAGUGCCUAUCCCCCAGCGGUGGGGGGAGACAGAAGACCAGCGCCGGGAGAUCGUUCAGGCCACCCUGCAAAAAGUUCGGAGAGCAAACGUGAUGCUGGGGGUGAACCCCGCCGGGGGGCACCGGAAGCUAUGGAUGUCGCUCUCCCAGUCCCCCGAGCGCAGGCGAAAGUCAAGAUUGGCUGGCAAAGUAAAGAGAGCUCUCCACGGGCACGGUCAUGCUGGGGGUCCUCAGCUGGAACCUGGGGGGCUCGCGGGCGAUAAGAUCCUCGAGCUCACCCGGAAUUUCGAUGACGACCCCGUCGUUUCGAGAAUUCAUGUUCUUUUGCUACAAGAGGUAGUGACGGAUGCAGGACUGUACUUUGCCGCGAAGUAUGACUGGGUCCUUGUGUACGGCAAGAAAGAGGGAACUUGGAGAGGAGAGGGAAUACUCUACCACAGCAGCAGGGGAUUACACCACCACAGCAAAGUCCACACCCAUGCACUGAGCACCACCAUACGAUGCCCACGAACACACAGCAGAUGCAGAUUCCUUGCAGCCCACCUGCCACACCACGCCACUGUGGAGGAAGCUGUGGCCCUCCUGGCCGAAUGGGGGGAGGCCACGCCCAAGACCAAAGGCAAACUCUGGAUCCGGAUGGACGCGAAUGAGACGUUCACCACAUCGGAUGGGGGAGGUGGGGCCCGCGACGCCUCGCGGGCGAUUAUCAAGAACUACUGGCAGGGCUGGGAGCACCGGCUUCUUGACGACAUCCGCUGGCAGAAGCACCUCACCCAGCACUUCCGCAGCAUCUUUCACAAGGAUGAGCUCCAGCUGGCAACUGCCACAUGGCACCGGGGGAAAGCCACGGGGCCAGAUGGGGUGGCACUGGAGGCACUGCAAGCAAUGCUGCAACACCCACGCUGGACCGGCCGCCUCCAGUACCUCACACGCCCCAUUACUUUGUCGUCGGCCGUGCUCAAAUGGUUCGGCCAAACUACUCCUGCUCCGAGGGGGCCGCCAGCUUCAGGAGGGGGACACCUACCAAUGGGCGCGGCGAGGACGGCAAGGCACUGGGGAGUGUGGGUCUGGUUGGUUCGCCUCGACAUCCGCAAGGCGUUCGACUCCGUAUGCCUCGUGGCAACCAGAGUUGGCAAAUUGCUAGCCACAGGGGGGACGGCCAUGGGGGGAUCCCCCUGGGAAGCACGUGCUUGGCUUGGACUACUUGAACCCCGUGAACUACGGGUUGCCAUCGGCAACGGGGUUCGCCAGGGGUCCCCCGAUAGCCCUGUGCUCUUUGCUGCCAUCAUAGCCACAGCGCUGGACGAGGUCCUCACACGCACAGCCAAGCACUUGCCGCCAGUGGGGGGCCCGAACCCCCCCCAAUCCGGGGGGGCGUUCAUGGAUGACAUUUACCUUUGGAGUCAUGAUCGUGACCACCUGCAGCGAACACUCACUGAGCUUGAAGUUCGGUUUGCGAAGGACGGCCUCUCCGAUGUGGCGUGCCAACCUUACGGCACAGUUAUCACGGCCCUCGGCUCCCCCUUCACCUUUGCCGAGCCAGUGGCAGCCAUCACAGCCGCCAUGAACGAGCGCGCCCGGAAGGCGUUUCACAAGCACAGCAAACCAUGGUGCGGAACGCCGCACUAUGGGCAAGCCAGUCCUGGCCCAUAG